AACUGAACCACCUCAGUACACACUCCGGUCUCCAGACUUGCACCAGAAUCAAGGUUGCAUUCGAUGUUAAUAUGUAGCUGGUUCGAGCGUAGCGGCAGAGCCACUGUUCAAGAUUAAGUCAAUUGCAGUAGUUCCGACUUCAAAUAUUUCUGCAACAGGAUAUAGUUCUUCAGCUUCAUGCAGAAUUGAUCACAAUGUGUCACGCACGAUGCUCUGUAAGAGUAGUCGACAGCGUCUCCGUUGACCAUGUGUACGAAGCACUUCCAUCGACACUCGUGACGGGAUACCCUUCGACUUGGAUAUAUUCACUGUUAAUAAUAUCUUCGCCAUAUACAGUCAUGGUAUUUCCAUUCGUGGUCGUCGUCCCCACUACACUGUAUGAAUACACUAAAGUGGGUGUGGAUAGCGGUGUGGGUAUAUCCAAAGUGUCUAGAGGCGUUUGGGCUUCAAAAAUAGUUACAGUCCUUGUUGCCGGCAUCGCAUCAGCAGGAAUCACUGACACUGCUGCGAGCAAUAUAUGUACCUACAUGUUUUCGGCUGUCAGAAUUGGACGGUGAUAUUCAAUUUACAGACCUACCUACGAUCUCUAUAGCGUGGUAUAUCGAGUAAAAAGCUACCAUGGUAAACGUCUGCAGACGUCUGCCC